UUAACUUCUUAUAUCAACCAGUUGCUAGAUAACAUGAGACGAUGUGUAGUUUUUAUUAUUUGGUGCUUGAAUGUGUAGUCUUUAUUAUUCAAGUCUCAAGCUGCUACACUGUUCCGUAUCUGCAUAUUUUUCUGCGAUAAUUAGUUAUAAAUACUGGAUGAGAGAUAGGUAAUUCUGACCGUUUUCUUAAAUCAUUGAAGGUUAUGUUUGUCUGAGUUUGCCAUACACUGAGUAGUCGGAGUAGGUGUUAAGUGCAUUUUUAGAACCCAGCUAUUGAGAAACCAUGAUUUGUUCUUCCAGAUACAGGCACCCAACAAUUUGAUAAGGGCCACCACUGUUACUUGUGAAUAUUAAAACGUUUUAUUGGAUAAGAAAGGUGCUUGACGUGGCAUAACGGUCAUCACCAUUUCCCCUUGUGUUCAAGAAUCAAAGACUCAAGAGCUCUAUAAAAACAAAGACUCCUAUUACAGGCCAAAACAAACCAAUCACCUUCUAAGCUAAAAGACGAUGAAGACUCCGUCUCCAUUUGUAGUACCUAUAAAAUUGCCUAGAAUAUUUUCCAAAACCCUAAUCACAGCAAUCAGUUACAUUGUAUUUGCAUUCCUUGAUUUAUUAGACAUUGUGUUAUGCUUGUUUUAUAGAUUUAUUGAUGGAGUCAAAGAAGGAAGCACACACCUCUGUUACUGUAAGAACAGGGGUACACAGAGAAAGUAUGUUAAUGGUGAAAGUGAAGAAGACACCGAACUCUCUGAGACUUUUUUCGAAAGAAAAAACAUUUUUAGAGAGAUGGGUUUUUUUAAAUUGACAAAAGAGAAUGAGGAGGGUUUAAUCAAGAAAGAGGGGUCUGUAAUGGUGAAAAAUAGAUGGUCUGAUUGUAAGUGUGAAUCUUGUCUUUCAUGGCAGAAAUUUGAAGAUCAGAAUCUUCAUGUGGCUGUUAAACAACCAUCACCAAUAGAAAAUUUAGAGUCAGCUGAAAAUGUGAUAUUUUUACAUGGGUUUCUCUCUUCUUCGUAUCUUUGGACGGAAAAUGUGUUCCUUAAUCUCUCUCAAAAUGGGAAUCAGAAUUGCAGGUUGUUCGCAGUGGAUCUCUUAGGGUUCGGAAAGAGUCCCAAACCAAGUGACUGUUUUUAUACAAUUAGCGAUCACUUAGAAAUGGUUGAGAAAUCUGUGAUCAAUCAGUUUCAAUUGGGUUCGUUCCAUUUAGUUGCUCACUCUAUGGGAUGUAUCAUUGCAUUGGGAAUAGCUGCUAAGUACCAAAAAUCAGUGAAAUCAAUAACCCUGAUUGCUCCUGUGAGUACAAUCGCAGUUUACCACUGUUUUGGCAGGCCUUACUUUCCUUCAUCAAAAGAGCAAGCAAGUUUAAAUGCACUCAAUAGACUUGCUGAGAGGAAAAUAUGGCCACCGCUGUUGUUUGGCUCUUCAGUUAUGUCCUGGUAUGAACAUGUAGGGAGAAGCAUUUGUUUCAUUAUUUGCAGAAAUCAUAGAACAUGGAAAUGGCUUCUCAAGCUAGUCACUAGAAAAAGGGAGCUUUCAUUUCUGUUCAUGGACUUGACUAGGCACACACAUCAUUCAGCUUGGCAUACCAUGCAUAAUGUAAUAUGUGGAGGAGCAAAAUUAAUAGACAGGUAUCUCGAGGCUGUGAAUUCGUCAGAACUCAUGCUAACAGUUAUUCAAGGUGAUAAAGAUGAAGUAGUUCCUUCAGAGUGCAUUCACAAUAUAAAGUUGAAGGUGCCUUCUGCAGAGAUUAGGAUAAUCCCUGAUGCUAAUCACAAUUCCCCAAUUCUCGAUAGGAAAGAGGAUUUUUGUAGGGAUUUAGAACACAUUUGGUUUUCUUCUACGGAGAAGUACAAGUAGAAAAUUUUGUAGUCACGGAUUUAGAUCAACAGUCAAAGAGGCUACGCUGAUGAAAAUUAACUAAUAGGGGUUGUUUUUUUCAUUCUUGACAUUGGUUGGGGUGGUUCCUAAGUUUAUCAUCUUCAUUUGUGGACUGAUUGAACUCACUUCGAGUUAUGUUGAGCACUCAAACAUAGUUCCAUAGAAAUUUGGGCACAUGAUACAUCUCUGUUUAACUUCUGGUUUUUUCUACACACCGAUUUCCCCAUAUGCCAUAUAUUUGUAUUUAUUUUCGGCAUGGAGAAGUUGCAAUACUCAAUACAGUGUGGCAUUUCCGUUUAUCCA